ACGCGUUCGACCAGUUGGAAUCAGUUGUGCGGCAGCUUGCGAGCGUUACGGUUAUGCGAAGCGCGAAAAGCGGUGGAAAAUUCGUUGAAUCAGAAUAGGCAAUAAUCCAGUAUUGGCGGUGCGGCGGACACGCGUCGCGUAAAGUGUUUAAAGGUGCGCGCUAUUGUCAACAUAACGGCAGCACUUGUGCGGCAAGUUCGCAGGCAAGUCGGUUGUGUGGUUAGUGGCACAAGUGGAAGUGCGUUUAUACAAGUGUCUAUGACUUCUUUAAUUAGUAUUUUUGUGUCUGCGGUGUUGAUUUAAUAAGUGGUUCAUCAAACGUGACGUUGUGUCGCACAGAAUUUUCGCGCACGGCAGUAAACCGUUGCCAAGCAACAAUAACGGCAUCGAAGGAAUUGAUGUGAGAAGUGGAAAGGCGUUUCGCCGAAUCGAACAAGUGAAAGCAAUUUCAAAGAAAAAUCGCCAAAAUGCUUUAACUCCCAAUAAAAACACAAACACAACAACAGCGAUAUUGAGUGAAAAGAGCAAUUGGAAAGUGCAAUAAAGUAGAUGAAUGUAAAAUAUUGACACACAAAUAGCAAUAACAACGAACGAACACGCAAAGUGCAAAACAAUAAAACCAAGCGAGAAGAAAGCAAAAAAACAAAAAAUAAAUAAAUAACAACAACAAAGUAAUCGCAACAACACAUAGCGCAGCAGCGCACAAACGCAGAAAGCGGAGAGCACGCGGUGCGGCAGUGUCUGCGUACGAGGAGAAGGAGUAGCAGGAGGUGGAAAUGCCAAGAAUUGCAAGAAAAAUGGCGACCGCAACAAAAAUCGCCAUCGCGGUUGGCAACAUUCUCACAAUAUUUAUGGCAAUGACAAUGUGUUGUUGCCAAGUGGCUGGCCAUCCACAGCCACAGCCGCAACACCAAUCCGAAGCGCAACAACAGCAGCAGCACGUGCUGGCAACGCCACAGGCGACACCACAUAAAUACCAGCAAUUGCAAUAUCAAUUGCAACAACAACAGCAACAGCAAUAUGAAUAUCAGCAACAGCUGCAUCAGCAAUUGCAAAAACAACAGCAGCAACAACAACAGCAGAAGGAAAAAUUGCUUUAUCAACAACAACAACAACAACAGCAGCAACAGGAGAAAUUGCUCUAUCAACAACAACAACAGCAGCAGCAGGAAAAAUUGCUCUAUCAACAACAACAACACCAGCAACAGCAUAAGUACCAACAACAACAGCAACAAAUAGAACAAAAGCACGAUAAGGGCGGCUAUGCGCAGGAGACGGAGCGUGAGCUACAAAAACAACAGCAGCGUGCAGCACCCACACAGAUUGUACGCGCCGGCGCUUCGCUGGUUGUCGGCGAUGAGACGCAGUUAAACGAGCCCACAAACUAUCCUUACUACGGCGACACCGCUGGCAUAUUACCCGCAACUCCACGACGUCGACAAACGGCCAGCACAAGUCGCGCACGCACGCGGCGCCCCACGAGCGCUAACGAUGGCGGCACGCAACAGCAAUACUGGCGCGGUAGAGUUGACAAUGAUAGCUCAACAGACAAUACUGCCACCCAAACACGUGAGGACACGCGCGGCAACAGUCGCAAGCGUAAGCAACCAGCUAUACGCGAACCGCAUGCCGCGCUAGAGAAAGAACAGCAAUUGUACGAAAUGCGUGACAAGCAGCGGCAGGAGAAUGCGCCAAAUGCGAACACACGCGAUAAAUCCUAUCGACGCCCUUAUUCACAGGCUAAAAAGGAGGCUGAAGUGUCAAUAGGUGACAGCGCGUCCGCGGCAAAUGUCAAAACUACGGUGGAUCUAAAGCAUAUACUCAAAAAUGCUGGCGGCUUGAGUUUAAGCGAGAUAUUGCAGCAAAAGAAUCUGUCUUUGGACGAUUUGCUGAAAGGCAAACAGAAUGCGCUGGAAGUGCUACAGAGCACAGCAGCAGCGCCAUCACCCUCGCCCACUAAAUUGGCGGAGAACAAGCCGGUUAAGUCGAUGCGUCGGCAGCCCUAUCUCGGUAGUAUAAACGAUGCGCCUGAAGGUACAACACAGCAAACGCAUGCGGCCGAUAAUGAUUUGGGCGCUGAGCUGCGUGCAACACCAGAAGAUUCGGUUGAGAGCGAUGACGCGCAACAACGCGGCAGAGUGAAGCUAGCGACACUACAGCGUCUCAAACAUUUCGGUAGUUCAACGCGCGCGGCAACAUUGCAUUACGGUCACGCUGCUACAGGUAGCACAACAAGACGUGUGAGCUUGCCCGUGAGCUCUACAACCAUUGCCACCACGACGACAACAACCACCACGCGCCUACCGAUUUACAAGAAAAAUUUAAUGUUGCGCUCAACGCUAAAGCCGACCUUUUUACUAAAGAAUGUUAUGGCUUCGGAGACCACUAGCGCGGAGUCCACAGAAAAUGAGAAACCAAAUUUUGAAGAAAAGUUAACCACAACUAUAAUCAACAAUAGGUAUAGAGAGCCCACAGCGGUGGGCAAUGAAGAGGAACAGGAGACGGCACAGGAAUUUGUUGCGAACACCAAACCUGUAGAAAAGGCAGACGCUGCUGAGGAUACGCCAGAUACUGAGGAACAGCAGGAGGAAGAGUAUCUGCGCGAUGAGGAAGAGAGCGAUGUUCAAUCCACCAUCAAAGCCGACUACGAAGAACACUAUGCGUCACGCGCCGACACCACAACUACAACGACCACUACUACCACACCCAGCACAACAGCCUCUACACGAAGCGCCACAACGAAGCUCAUCUCAACUACGUCUAACAGCCUGUCAAGAUCUCCAACGCGUGUGAGCACCAGCAACGCGAUCUCGAAACCGGCAUCACGCGCGCAGCCUAACUUCAAAACGAACUCUAUAGAGUCGGAGGAGACGCGUGCGCACUCAACGCCCACCGACGCCGAGAGCGAUGGUCUGGAGAACGCUCAAACCACGGUUAGUAAACAGCGCGAGAAGACAUACAAAGCAGACAUAGAAAACAUAACGCCACGCAUCGAUCACGUGAAGCCAGCUAUGGUCGGCGAAACGUUUGCUUAUCAAGACUCUGUGCCCGACUUCGAUGGCGUGGACGAUCGCACCGAUCUGCUGGAACUAAUUGAGGAUAGGCGCUCCGGCAACCGGCUCUUUAAAGUACUGGAACAGCGCAACAUGACGCUCGAGGAGCUGAUUGAGCACCGCAAGCGCGGCUCGAGCCAAUUGCACUUGGCGACGGUUGUGCAAAAUCGUUCGCGAUUUUUUCCCGGACAGAAGGUCGUUCUUCACGACAAUAUGGAUAUUGUUACAGCGUUUGAGAAUUUUCCACACUUCAACCUGAUGGACUUGAAGAGCGUCAAACCGGAUGAUAUAAAGACGGACUCGCAGGGUGCCAGCUACUUUACCUCCAUCAUUGACAUCGAGCCGACGGACGAGAUCUACAAAGACGAAACUGCUGCCGGCAAAGGUUCGCUCAACUAUCAACAAUCCCAACGCACCGAAAAAUCAGUUGGUUUCUUCCCCUCUUGGAAAACCUUGGCGCUAGCCUCACUCGCAAGCAGCACACGCAGCGACGCGUCAACCAAGCGCAACCCCUUCUUUCUGUCACCACCACAAAUGCUGCUCGAGAACAGCUCCGCCGAGCUGGAUGAGAGCGAUUUUUUAAUGGACAACGAAACAAAUACCAACGUAAACGCUGAGCCGCCACAACAGCAGGAGCUUACCGCCACGCAGCUACAAAGCGCUAGCAUUAUCGACACCGCGGAGGUCAUCGAUAAUGAAGUGGCGCGCGCGCACGAUUUGCUCGAUCUGGAGCUGUCGGGCCACGGUUUCAAACGGAGCCCCGCCGCAGCGGCGGUCUCCACAGCGACAAGCCAGAAUAGCAUAUACAGCAAUAUGCCGGCGGGCAUACGCUCCGCCAUUGUAGCCAGCGCGGCGAUUGUGCUCACCUCGCUCGCCACCUUUAUGGUCAUAUUUGUGGUGUGUCGCUGGAAACAGCGGCGUCAACGCAAAACCAGCUACACUAAGACAUACAAUGCUAUGAAGAGCAAAUUACCGACCAUAACGAACUCGUCGCAUCGCUCCUCCUUGCGCAACAUGGAAGAGCUGGUGGGCGGUGUGUCCACGGUGUCGGUGUCACCGGUACACCAGCUGCAGCGACAAAGUUCAUUACUGUUCCCACGACACUCAGGCAGCGGCAGCAUAGAUGUGGAAGAGCUUAGCGGCGGCGGCAGACGUAGCAGAGUUAUGCGCGGCGCGACGCGUGGUAGUUUAGGCAACAGCGGUGGUAUGGGCAGCGCUACCGGCUCCACAACAUCGCUGGCGCUGUCGUUGCAGAGCGUGCACAACAGUUCGACAAACAAACUCAACACAAUGGACCCGAACUCGCCGGAGGUGCAGGAGUAUCUGUUCGAUGCGCUGCGGAAGUCUUACUAAAUCAACGCAGGGUUCUAUUUGAUUUUUGUGUGAAGGAAUUUUAAAAUUUUGAUAAUUUUGAAUAUUUGUAAGCUACAAAUUAUUUAAAAACUUUUGAAAAUAGAAGAACAGAAAUGAAAAACGAAACAUGUUGCCAAACAUAGAAAUACAAGAAAAUAGACUUAAAGCAGUUAUGUAAAAAAUAUGCAGAGAACGGCGAGAAUUUGUAAAUUAUAACACUUUUAUAACAGAGAAAAUUAUUAACCCUAAGAAGCAACCAACUUUUAUGCGUGGCCCGUAGAACAUACAAAUUUCUUUGGGAGCAUAUUAAAGGGUUUAAAAAUAAGAACAUACAAUUAAUUAAGCAGAACAAGAUUAAGUAAAAAAUAUUUGAAAAUUUAUAGUUAAGAUUAGCGCAAUUUUUACCCCAGUUAGCGCGUAAGAGUUCGAAAUUGGUUUAGCAUAGUUACAAAAGCGGGUUUUCAGACAACACAACGGUGACGUAAAUAAAUUUAAAAAGGCGUGAAGAAAUAGCGAAAAAAUUUUAAUAAAAAAAUUGAUGAAAAGUAAAAAUUUGUAAUAAAAAAAAUAAUUAAAAAUAAAAAAUUAAAAAAAAAAAAUAAUAAAAACUUAUAAAUAUAGUAUUAUUAAAUCGUAUUUAGCGAGACCAAACCAUAAGUAUAAAACAAAUAAUGUUUUUAAUGACAAUAAUCUAUAAAAGUUUUAGAAAAACCAAUUGUCGACAAAAACGCCAAGGAAAUAUUUGAUGCACAACCAAAAAUUAGAGUUUACAGACUUGAAAUCGUUUUGAAAACUAAAACACAAAAAAAAUAACAUUUUAUACACAAAAUUAAAGAUUUAGCAAUAGAAACUACUAAUUGAGUAGUUUUUGUGCUUACAAACAGUUAACUUAAUUUUUAUUUAUAAAAACUGUGCGAUUGUAAACAGCAUAAUAUCUUAUAUUUGUAGUUUUAAAUAAAGUUUUAAAAACUAGAGCGACUUAACGCCACAAUAAGUUUAGUUAAAAACUUUCAAAUCUAUACAUAAGCGGUUUUACAAAAUGUGUAUUAUAUAUUUAACUAGAUUAUACCACUUCCUCUACCCAAAUGAUAUUAAACUGAUAUAAAUAAUAAAUAAAAAGUAUACUUUUAAUAAAAAAAAA